CCAGUGAAGUCAUAUGACGGGAGAUAAAUAUCCAAAAUGUUCGCGACGAGAAGGAGUCUUGUUUCUUACCUGACAGUUUUCUGUCUGUUAAUAUCGGGGAUUACUUCACAAACAUGUACAAAGUUGUCGAGCUGUUCCUGUAGAGAUGACACUGGGUUGGUAAUAGAUUUGACAGCCCUUGGCAACACGGACACAACCCCAAGAUUUCAGGAUAUCCCAGAUACAAAGGGCAAAACAGACGUGUACUCCUGGAAUCCCUGUCAACAGUUUACAGAGGGCACGUGUGUCAACGAAGCGGCAUGUAAAGUGACCCCGUCCGGGAUGAUUACUCAAUAUCUGGGUAUAGGUACUCAGGAUUCCGCUACAUUUCUUUACGACGACAAGGGACUUCUCACCCUGCAGUACACAGCGGGAAAUGCGACGACAGCUGUAAACAUAAUAUGUUCGAAAGGUGACGAAGGUGCCGUGACGGCGUACGGGCUGGACCAGGAGGAUGGUCAAAAGGAAUACCACUUUGAAUUAAAAACUAAAUAUGCCUGCCCGAGUUCACCCAAAGGAACACAUAUAUCCACAGGAACACUGCUGUGUAUAGGAUUUGGUGGACUUCUGCUAGUUUACGGAAUAUCAGGUGUUCUGUUUCAAAGUUUUGUGAGGAAGGAGACUGGAAAGCAGAGAAUUCCUAACUACGCCUUGUGGAUUGCGUUCCCUGCAUUAGUAAAGGAUGGCGUGGUAUUUGUGGUGACGAGAGGGAAAAGGAAAGUAGCCUACGACAAGAUAUAGACAUUUUGAUGUUGUCCUAACCAGAUUUUACCAACACUAUUUUAACCGUGAUAUCAACAUUGAGUAUAUCACAAAAUAAACCGGUGCUUUCAAACUCUGUCAUAUCGAACGAUUUACUGUGAAAAAGAUAUUUUUCGCGGUGUUUAGUUUUUAGCGAUUUUAAACGUAAAUAUCGCUAACAUGAAUCGCUCGCGAACCCUGCCUGGUUUUUGUGAAAUCAAACACAUUCUAACUAUAUGAUCUAUUUUUACCUGGUGUUGGUAAAGUUACACACUGUGAUAUCAAACGAUAUUAGCCAGAUGGUAUGGCAAAGUAUAACGUAACUGUUUGCUCAAGUAUGUGUUGUCUCUUAUUGAUCUAGAUGUACAUGUAUAAAGACGUAAAUACACUUUUGAACAUUUCGAGUAAAGUAUACAGUGAUAAGCAUCGUUGUCAAUUCAUAACGGGAUUGAUUUAGGCAAUUUUUUUCAUCAAAUUUGUUAAAACCUGAUACCUCUUCAGCGGAAACGUCAAAAACUAUCAUCUUUCUUCAAAUAUUGAAUUUGCUUGCAUUUUAAAAAUAAAAAAAUCAUUUUCCACCCUCUGACAUUUGACCCCCGAAAUUUCUAUGAGCGCAUAAAAAGAUGUUUAAAAAACAUAAAAUACGCAGUUGAUCUUAAAGUAUCUAUCUGCAAAAUAUUAUUACUAUCACUUUUUCAGUCUUGAAAUCUUUUUUUUCACCCUUUUGCUUAUUAUGAGUACAUAAAAUACAUAGAAAAAAGCAUCAAUUAUAGAUACAAUUUUACAGCAACACGA